UUCUUUAUCGGCCAUUGUUUUGGUUAGAAAGGGAAUGAGCUACUGUAGAAGAUGAAAUUAGUUGAGUAAUUGCAUACAAAAUGGCACACGGCUCUUAUUUUGGAGGAAAGGCGAGUCGUAAACUCCUUAUACACGAAAUCUCAGCCUUCACACUAUGUGUUGCUUGUCGUUACGGUUAGCAAAACAGCUACUCAGACCGGAUGACUCUCUGCACUUAAUCCCUAAUGAUGAUUUUAGUUAUACGGGGAAAAGAUUGGGAACCGAGUUUAAUGUCUUGGCAUGUAUAGAUACAUAAAAACCUCUCGGAGAUUCUGCUAGUUUUCGGUUCUUCCAGCUUUUCUGUAACUUGGUGCUGGAAAGAUGAACGGAUUGUCGGUCAGCGAGCUGUGCGGCCUUUUCUGCUGCCCUCCUUGCCCGAGUCGGAUUGCAGCAAAACUGGCCUUCCUACCCCCAGAGCCCACUUACACUUUACUGCCUGAAAUAGACUCGCCCCCGACCAUAACCUCAAACCAGAGCGCCUCGGGCCUGCGUUCUCGGCUGAGUCGGAGAGGUGGAGGAGGAGACCGAGGUGGAGAGGGCAGGUGGAAGCUCCAUCUCUCAGAGCGAGCCGAGUUCCAGUACUCCCAAAGAGAGCUGGACAGGACAGAAGUCUUCCUGACUCGCUCUAGUCGUGGGAACAAAGUGGGAUGCAUGUACAUCCGCUGUGCCCCCACAGCCAGGUACACGGUGCUGUUCUCCCAUGGUAAUGCUGUGGAUCUGGGUCAGAUGAGUAGCUUCUACAUUGGCCUGGGCACACGCAUCAACUGCAACAUCUUCUCCUAUGACUACUCGGGUUAUGGAGCCAGUACGGGGAAGCCGUCUGAGAAGAACCUCUAUGCUGACAUAGAUGCCGCCUGGCAUGCGCUGCGCACCAGAUAUGGGAUCAGUCCCGAGAACAUCAUCCUUUAUGGCCAGAGUAUUGGCACGGUGCCCACGGUGGACCUGGCGUCGCGGUAUGAGUGUGCUGCCGUGGUCCUCCACUCCCCCCUCACCUCGGGUAUGAGAGUGGCCUUCCCUGACACCAAGAAGACCUACUGCUUUGACGCCUUUCCAAACAUCGAGAAGGUGUCAAAGAUCACAUCUCCAGUGCUAAUCAUCCAUGGCACCGAGGAUGAGGUGAUUGAUUUCUCGCACGGCCUUGCCCUGUUCGAGCGCUGCCCCAAGGCUGUGGAGCCGCUGUGGGUGGAGGGAGCCGGCCACAACGAUAUCGAGCUCUACAGCCAGUACCUGGAGCGCCUGCGCCGCUUCAUCAGCCAGGAACUGACCGCCCAGUAUGCCUGAAAAUCCAGCAGCUCAAAGCUCAGUCCAGGUGAAACGAACACUCCAGUGUCAAUUUGAGGGCCUGCUUCAACAUUUUCUACUCUGUAGGCUGGUAAAUAUUAACAUGCAGACCUGGAUGACUCAACAUCUUGAAGCAGGACCUUGUGGGUCCAGUAUAGCAGGGCAAAAAUCACCACAAACUGUAUUUGUCAUAAUUUUCUUCUUAUUAUUGUAUUAUUAUAAUGUUAUUAUUUCUUUUGCUCAAGGCAUCUACACAGAGACUGCCAUAAGUGCAAUUUCUUAGAUUAAUUCUUGUUUGGUUCAAUAUUUUGGGCUGGUGGAUUUAAUGGUAAUUUAAUGGAGGAUUUAAUUUUCUGCUCCUUCCUGUAUGUAUGUGCUCUCUGCUGGACAGAUCGGGUGUUUUGUCUGACCUUGUGGAGACCAUUAUAUGGGCCAAGUGUGUAUGUACUGAUUUAUUACAGACUCUUUAAAAUGCUUUUUGAUCUCAAGCACCUCUUUUGCCCUUUUGUUCCGUUUAAUUUGUCCCUUUUUAAACGCAUUUGGAUUGCCACCCAGCUAGCAGCAUCUUGUGUCUGGUGUGUGUUUAACAGGGCAUGAACUGAGUGUUAAAUUUAGGCAGCAAGCAAUAUACUUUGGGUUACUGUGAAUACAACUAUAAGGCAACCUUGAUACAAAAAAAAAAAAAGUAAACACCCCCGCCCCCGGAACAAAUGAACUGAAAAAAAUAA